CCAGGAAUCUCGAAACAUCCCUACACACCAACGUGCUCAGAUGCGGACACUGAAGCUCGAAGUCAAGGCCGACUUUGUUCGCAUGCACAAACUUGACAUACCUCAGACCUCGCGAACAAACUCCGCCCAGUCUUCCAUUGGCGAGAACACCAAGCAGGCGCCACAGAAGUCGUCCAAGUCCCGACACGGAUCUGCCGUCGAGGAUGCAGAGGAUGAGGCUCAAGCGGAUAAGUCAGCCAACUCUACUAAGCGUGAGCGACCGCGGAGCCGAACAUUCACCUUCAACAGGAGUGACUCUCCCACGAAGAAGCAGAAGGGCGAAUCCGGCGAACGGAAGACGAAUUCAAAACCAGCGCCUAUCCCCAAGUCUCCGUCUAUGAGGUCACUAAGGUCCAAUGCUUCCGAUCGUUCCGUGUCCAAUGGAGCGAAAUCGGUCAAGGCCGACGAGUUCAUCUCCUACUUGAAGAAGACACCCAAGCCACAGAACGUCGAAGUUGGCAAGCUGCACAAGCUGCGCCUGUUGAUCCGCAAUGAGACUGUCGACUGGGUUGAUAACUUUAUCCAGGAUGGUGGUAUGACUGAGCUGGUCGCGUUGCUCCACCGCAUCAUGGAGAUUGAAUGGCGCGAAGACCACGAAGACACACUUCUACACGAACUCCUUCGAUGUCUCAAGGGACUCUGCACGACUGCCACAGCUCUCAAGCAGCUCAAUGAGAUCUCGUCGACACUGUACCCAGCAUUACUGGCCAUGCUUUUCGACGAGGAGCACAAAGGUCCGAGCGAGUUUACUACGCGUGAACUCAUCAUCGAGAUCAUCUUCGCUCACAUUUCCAUGGCACCAGAGGGCGAGCUGGAAACCCGCGCUAAGGAGCUGAUGAAGUACCUCAAAGACCCCGUCAAGGAGAAGCAGGCCUCAACUGUUCCAUUCAUCCUCCAGAUGCACACUCAGCGACCCUACCAGGUCUGGUGCAAGGAGCUGUCUAACGUGACCAAAGAAGUCUUCUGGAUCUUCAUUCACCACCUCAACGUCAUCCCCGUUCCACCCAAGCCCACGGAGGGAAAGUCGUACGCUAAAACCCACUUCCCGGGCCAACGCGCAAUCGUCCCUGCAGCACCCUACGUCGGCGGCGUAGAAUGGGACGCAACCAACUACCUCGCCACACACAUCGAUCUCCUCAAUGGCAUCAUGGCCUCCCUCCCCACCCGCACCGCACGCAACGAGUUCCGCUCCGAACUCAAGAUCUCAGGCUUCGAGAAGCUGCUCGGUCACCUCCGCGCCUGCAACCCCAAGUACUACGGCGCUGUUCACGACAGCGUCAAAGUCUGGAUCGGCGCCGCCCUCGAAGACGACUGGGACGUCAAGACUGUGCGCAUGGGUGCCGGCGAUGGCAAGGGUGGUAGCGUGAGUCCAGCUAAGCAGAGCCCGAAGAAGAACACGGAACCACCUCCACAGCUCAUGGCACCGCCUAAGAUGGAUGUUGGGCUUGGUCUUGGUCUCGGGUUUGAGCGGGAGAUUGCCAUUGGCAGUACGAGCAAAGUGGAUGAUGACUGGAUUUGAGGUGUUCUACUUCGCCAUCUGGCUGUCAUUUACUACCACCUUGGAUACCACCCCACUCUCGACCAUCUUAUCCUUUGGAUAACCACCACAUCGGCUGAGCAUCGUCCCUCGCAAAACCCAUCAACAUGCUUUUCCCACCGGCGCAAUCAUGGAUACAACGGCGUUUAUCA